GAAGGAUAUGAUCGCAGGCAGAGGCGGAGAGGAGGACAGACACAGAAGAGGAGCGAGGCGGGAAGGACGGCCAACAUGGAGACCGCGAAGAAGCGGCUGGAAGAUCCACCAAAACGACCAAAAUCACCCAAAAAUGCGUCUGAAACCAUCGCAGACAGCGGGGGGUAGCCGAAGCUGACGAAAUGGUGAUCCACUCGGUUUCGCAGAGUGCGUGAAAGAAAGACGGUGGUUACGAGUAUGGAGAAAGGGCUAGCCACCAGCAACUGAAGAACUUUGAAAGAUUCAUUCAGCAGUGGGAAUCUCAUAGACACAGAAGAUCUGCAAGAAGAUGGUUCCAGUUCUGAAGAGAAAGAAGACAACUCUACUCCAAUCAACUGGAUAUUGCUGCAGUGGAGACAGCGUUGUUUAACGCGAAGAUGACAAGCGAUAUGGCAGUUAGCCAAAUAUUGUCAAGAUAAACCCCUUUUCUAAGUGGACUUUGCCAACGCAUUUGAUUUAUAUACAUUUUUUUUUUCCAACCAUGGACACUGGAUCUACGAUACUGGGAGAGGAAAAAUCAGCUUUUGUACUUAAACGUUCAAAUGUUGUUUUAAAUAAAGUUGUGACCUAGUAUAUAUUAAGAUUCUUUAUACUUUUUUUUUUUUUUUUUUUUAUUAGCUGCAUUCCUGGAAAAUGAAAUGUUUAUUUGGCAUGUUUCCGAGUUUUGAUAACACUCGGAAAGAGGUUACUUUUUCCGGUUAAAUCGAUUUUAAGUGAUUUACUUUUUUGUCUCAUGUUGGUUUAGCAUGACUUUUUCCCCAACUGCAAUCAAUAAAUAAUUUGAAUUAUUAUCAAAGGUUACGUAUUUAAUCGAUAAACGAAUAUAAUCAAUUAUUAUACUUGGUUUAUAACUUGGAUUUCCCAUAAUCGUAGCUUUUAAAAGCGUUAUAAAAAUGGCUAUUUGUAGCCUUUCUUCCUGUCUAAGCAGGAAGUGAUGUAAUUGCUGCAAAAUAUGUAGUUUUUACAGUCCAGCUAUUAUAAAUUAAUGUCAUUGUGGAAAAAAUGUUUUCUUUUGGGGGUUGUUUUGCAAGGGUAUAAAAAAUAUAUUAGUUUAUAUAAAGUACAAUUUUAACAUACUAAAAGGGGAGGGACUUAGACAUCACCUGAGUAUGGGGUAAAUGGAAAUAACGUCAAUCAAAGGCAAGGCUUUCAGAGCAGGGAAGGAGCUCUAGAUGGCGGCUGAGCCUUGGAAAGGCUGCCCUAGGUUUUGUCAGACCGAUUCUCUUGCACGUCUUCGACCCACGCCGUUUUUUUUUCGUGUCAAACAUUAGUUUGUGUCUACGCGGUCACUUUUUAUGGGUAUUUUGUUAGUUUUUUGCCGUUUUUGUGGUGUUUUUCGAGCGCUGUAGAAGCCGUCUGUGCUGGCCGUGUGCUUGUCGUUGUUUUCCAUACUGGGCUCCGGCAGCCAUGGCGCGACUCCAUUUUUAGUCCGCUGCUCUUUGCCUCUGUCGCUCUGUCAGCCACUGCAGACUUAAGGCCUGAAUGCUUUUUCCAAACAAAUUCGUUGUUGUUUUUUGUUAUUUAUAAAGUUAUCCGUUUUACGAAUUGCCUUUUUUAAUCCAAGUUUGAUAAAUAUUUAAAACUGCGACGAAAGAAAAAGGGAAACAAAUACAUGUCUUGUUGGUUAGCACCCUUUCUCACAUUGAUUGGAUUUGUUUACAUUUUGUAAGUACAAAUUUACCUAUUUUCUUUUUUUUAAUAUUCAUUUUCUUCUGCUUCAUGCGAUGACGCAGUUAAAAUUCACGGCAUGCGGUUGUAUCUGGAAACUAUUUCGAAGGAUAUACGAUUAAUAUUUGACUUCUAUCAUUACCUACUAUAAUGGUUAACUUUAACUUCAAUUAAAUUAUGAUUUUCAAAUCAAUCGGUUUAUUAUUUUCUGCUCCUGUGUCGCACCGGCUGGGUUUUAUCUGCAAGCUGACAAAAGGCAAUUUGAUGGGACUUGUAGGAUAGUUCACACAUCCCUCAAGUUUUUGACAGUAAAUACCAGGACAAAUCACCUCCAUCGAGUUUUCAGGAUACUAUCAUGAUGAAGAAUAAAAAUAAAAAAGAGGACGAAGGAUCAACUCAGAGCAACGCUUCAAGCAAUUCAGCCUCAGAGGAGUCCAACCACUCUGCGUCGGAAUCAGGGAGUCAGUCAGAAAGCGAGCAUGGCAGCGUGAGGCGGAGAUCCCACAACUCUGAGUCGAACAGCUCCUCCGAGUCAGAGAGUCGCUCCGAGUCGGGGAGCGAGUCCACAGAGUCCAAAUCCCAGCAAGCCGCUUCAGAGGCCAAAGACAAACCUGUCAGGAAGAAGGAGCGCCUGGCUGAUGUGAAGAAGAUGUGGGAAGAACACCCAGAUGUGUACGGUGUCAGGAGGUCCAAUCGCAGCAGACAGGAGCCAGCUCGUCUCAACAUCGGAGCUGAGGGCAGCAGUGACUCUGAGAGCGAGAGCCCUAAAAGAAAAUCUUCUCGAUCAAAGAAAAAGGAAAAUAUCUGGAAAGAUGAUGACUCAAUUGAUGAAGAGGAGGAGGAUGAGGAGACAUCCGACAGUUCAGACAGUGAGCAGGAAGAGAAAAAAGUUAGAUCCAGAAGACUUCCUGCUAGAAGACCUCAGACCAAAGCAUCCAAAAAGCAGCAGUCGCAAAAAGGACGGAGGUCGAGAAAACCGGAGUCCUCAGCUGAGGAUGAUGAUGAGGACGAUGAUGAAGAUGAUGAUGACGAUGAUGAGGAAGACACUCCAAAAAGGCAGACUCGCCGAAGAGGAGCCACAAAAAUUAAAAGCUAUAAAGAAGAUCAGCACGACUUUGAAACAGACUCAGACGACCUGAUUGAAAUGACCGGAGAUGCUGGAGAGGAGCAGCAGGACGACGACAGCGAGACAAUCGAGAAAGUUAUCGACUGCAGGAUCGGCAGAAAAGGAGCCACCGGAGCGUCCACCACUAUGUACGCCGUGGAGGAAAACGGAGAUCCGUGUGAAGGUUUUGAUCCAGACCAAGACGAAGGAGAGACUCAGUAUCUGAUAAAGUGGAAGGGCUGGUCUUACAUCCACAACACAUGGGAGAGCAUCGACUCCCUAACGCAGCAGAAGGUCAAGGGGCUGAAGAAACUGGACAACUUUAAGAAGAAGAAUGAUGAGCUGAAUGCUUGGUUAGGUAAAGCAUCUCCUGAGGACGUGGAGUUUCAUAACUGCCAGCAGGAGCUCACAUCUGACCUGACAAAGCAGUUUCAAAUUGUGGAGCGAGUCAUCGCAACAAAAACAGGAAAGACACCGGGUUCCUCAGAUUUUCCCUCACACAGUCAUAAGACCCCAUCCUCGAAUGAACCAGAGUAUCUAUGCAAGUGGAUGGGUUUCCCAUACUCGGAGUGCAGCUGGGAGGACGGGGCUUUGGUCAGGAAGAAGUUCCAACACUGCAUCGACGGCUUCAUGAGCAGAAACUCCAGUAAAACCAUCCCUUCUAAAGACUGCAAGGUGUUAAAGCAAAGGCCGAGGUUCGUGGCAUUAAAGAAACAGCCGUCGUAUAUCGGUGACGAGAUCCUUCAGCUCAGAGAUUACCAGCUGGAUGGAUUGAACUGGCUCGCCCACUCCUGGUGCAGGUGCAACAGUGUUAUCCUGGCUGACGAGAUGGGCCUGGGGAAGACCAUCCAGACCAUCUCCUUCCUUUCCUACUUGUUCCACCAGCAUCAGCUCUACGGGCCGUUUUUAGUGGUGGUCCCUCUGUCCACACUGACCUCCUGGCAGAGAGAGUUUGACACCUGGGCUCCAGACAUGAACGUGGUGGUCUAUUUGGGUGACGUCAUGAGCAGGAAGACGAUCCGUGACUAUGAAUGGGUGAACCAUCAAACCAAAAGAAUCCGCUUCAAUGCGCUCUUAACCACAUAUGAGAUUCUGCUAAAGGAUAAGGGCGUCCUCGGGAAUAUCAACUGGGCCUUUUUGGGCGUGGAUGAAGCUCAUAGGCUGAAAAAUGAUGAUUCUCUGCUCUACAAGUCGUUAAUGGAGUUCAGAUCCAACCACCGACUCCUCAUUACGGGCACCCCGCUGCAGAACUCCCUCAAAGAGCUCUGGUCCUUGCUACACUUCCUCAUGCCCGACAAGUUUGAUUCCUGGGAGGAUUUUGAGGAUGAACACGGAAAAGGAAGGGAUAACGGUUAUCAGAGUCUUCAUAAAGUCCUGGAGCCAUUCCUGCUCCGAAGGGUCAAGAAAGACGUGGAGAAGUCUCUCCCUGCCAAGGUGGAGCAAAUCCUUCGCGUUGACAUGUCUGCACAGCAGAAGCAGUUCUACAAGUGGAUUUUAACAAGAAAUUACAAAGCCCUUUCCAAAGGCACCCGCGGCAGCUCCAGCGGCUUCUUAAACAUCGUGAUGGAGCUUAAAAAGUGCUGCAACCAUAGUUUCCUCAUUAGGCAGCCUGAGGAGGCAGAGAGUGAAACGCAGCAGGAAUGCCUGCAGGCUUUAGUGAGAGGCAGUGGGAAGCUGGUUCUGCUUGACAAGCUGCUGACCCGACUCCGGGAAAGAGGCAACAGAGUCCUUAUCUUCUCCCAAAUGGUCAGGAUGUUGGACAUAUUGGCCGAGUAUCUCACGAAGAGGCGAUAUCCUUUCCAGCGUCUGGAUGGUUCCAUAAAGGGAGAAAUCCGAAAGCAAGCGCUCGACCACUUCAAUGCUGAGGGCUCAGAGGACUUCUGCUUCCUGCUAUCCACCAGAGCCGGAGGUUUAGGUAUUAAUUUGGCCUCAGCAGAUACUGUUGUUAUAUUCGACUCAGACUGGAACCCUCAGAACGACCUGCAGGCGCAGGCCAGAGCCCAUAGGAUCGGACAGAAAAAGCAGGUGAAUAUAUAUCGGCUUGUCACCAAAGGAACCGUGGAGGAGGACAUCAUCGAGAGGGCAAAGAAGAAGAUGGUUUUAGACCAUCUGGUCAUUCAGAGAAUGGACACCACAGGGCGAACGGUUCUGGACAACAACUCAGGAAACUCAAAUUCAAACCCUUUUAAUAAAGAGGAACUUACAGCUAUUCUUAAAUUUGGGGCUGAAGAUCUGUUCAAAGAGGCCGAGGGAGAGGAAUCUGAACCACAGGAGAUGGAUAUUGAUGAGAUCUUGAGGUUGGCUGAAACAAGAGAAACCGAUCAAGGCUCCAGCGCCACAGAUGAGCUUCUAUCUCAGUUCAAGGUGGCUAACUUCUCUAGUAUGGAAGAAACUACUCCAGAGUUUGAUGAGAGGCCGGUCCGAGAAUGGGACGACAUCAUUCCCGAAGAGCAGCGGCGCAAAAUCGAGGAGGAGGAGAAGCAGCGAGAGAUGGAGGACAUCUUUAUGCUGCCCCGGAGCAGGAGCUCCAACAAGAGGGCUCAAGCCAAUGACAGCGACAGCGACGUGGGCUCGAAGCUGAAGCAGCGUUCGUCCGGCUCAGACAGUGAGACGGAUGAUAGUGACGACGACAAGAAGCCAAAGAAAAGAGGCAGACCUCGAGCUCGUAAAAACAACGUGGAGGGUUUCACAGAUGUAGAAAUUCGCAGGUUCAUUAAGGCAUACAAGAAGUUUGGAGCUCCUUUGGAAAGGUUGGAGGCAAUCGCCCGAGACUCGGAGCUUGUGGACAAAUCGAUUGCAGACCUGAAGAGGCUGGGGGAACUGAUUCACUCCAGCUGUGUGACAGCAGUUCAGGAACAUGAAGAGCAGCUCAAAGAGAAUCCCGUCGAAGCUAAAGGUCCUGGGAAACGCAGAGGAAUCAACAUUAAGAUAUCAGGAGUCCAGGUCAACGCCAAGUCGAUCAUUCAGCAUGAGGAGGAGUUUGAGCCGCUUCACAAAGUGGUGCCCUCCAACCCUGCUGAGCGGAACAAGUUUAAGCUUACAUGCAGAGUGAAAGUUGCCCACUUUGAUGUGGAAUGGGAUCUGCAGGAUGACACUCAGCUCCUCCUCGGCAUCUAUGAGCACGGCUUUGGGAACUGGGACCUGAUGAAGACGGAUCCCGACCUUCAGCUGGCUGAUAAGAUUCUUCCAGACGACCCAAACAAGAAGCCUCAGGGCAAACAGCUGCAGGCGAGAGCGGAGUAUCUGCUGAAGCUGCUGAAAAAAGAGCAAGACAACACCUCUGUGUCCAAAGCAGGAGACGAGGUUAAAGUGAAGAAGAGGAAGCCCCGAGUUAAGAAGGAAGCGAAGGUUCUGAAAGACGAACAGGGCAACGAGAUCUCGUCUCCGCGGCUGUCCGAUAAUCCGUCAGAGGAAGGAGAGGUUAAGGAAGAGGGAGCGGAGAAGUCUCCUGUGAAGAAGAGACAAAAGAAGAAAGAUAACAAGGAGAACAAAGAAAAACAGGGAACACCUAAAAAAGAUGGAGACAAGGAGAAGAAGACCGCCAAGCCCAGAAAGGAGAAGGCUAAAAGAGCCAAAGGAAAGAAAACCCAAGGUCCGGUUCACAUCACAGCCGGUUCUGAGCCUGUUCCCAUCGAAGGAAAGGAGGACGAUGAACUUGACCAGGAAACCUUUAGCAUUUGUAAGGAGCGCAUGAGGCCCGUGAAAAAGGCCCUAAAGCAGCUGGACAAACCCGAUGAAGGUCUGUCCGACCAGGACCAGCUCCAGCACACGCGCACAUGCCUGCUGAAGAUCGGAGACCGAAUCACUGAGUGCCUUAAAGCGUACAGCGACCCCGAGCAUGUUAAGAUAUGGCGCAGGAAUCUCUGGAUUUUUGUGUCAAAGUUUACAGAGUUUAGUGCCAGAAAGCUCCACAAGCUUUACAAAAUGGCUCAGAAAAAGCGAUCGCAUGAUGAAGAGAAGGAGCACAAGAAGAAGGAGGACCCCUCAGGGAGGAUAAAAUCCUUCAGACCAGAACCUUCGAGUUCCAGCAGAGACUCCACAGGUACCCCGUCCUCCAAACCUGCACCUCCCCCGAGUCAGUCAGGACCCCAUGGACACCACAGGGAGCCGUACAAUUCUGCUAACAAACGACACUUCAGCAACAAUGAUCGAGGAGACUGGCCGAGGGACCGUAAAUACGGCUACCAAGGAAACAGUAACCAGCCCUGGCAGGGAGACCGCCACCAUCCCUACGACCCUCAUCGCUACAACAAGGAUCACUAUGGAGAUCGGCGUCCGCACGGAGACACGUAUCGCAGCUCAGGCGGGUACCGCAACAACACCUCUCCUCGGAAAAGGCCGUAUGACCAAUACGGCAACGACAGGGACCACAGGGGUCACCGGCCCUAUUAUGACAGGCAUCCGGACCCCAAACGAAGACGCCCUGAUGAUUUUCAUCCCAGCUACCACCAGGGACGGGACGGCCCUUCGCAUGACUUCAGAAGGAUGCCGGACCACAGACCGCCAGGUCCAUCGGGGCCGGAGCAUUACAACCGGCCGUUCCACCCCGACAAGCCUCCUCCUCUGCUGGACCCCCGCUCCCCUCAGGCUCAGAAGUCUCCCCAGGACUCCCGCUCCCCGCUGGAGCGUCCCAUGGAUCCCGGCAUUAUGGCGGACCCCAACUGGAACAGCAGGAAAACAUAAAGCCUCAGGAACUCAUCUGGACCUUUGUUCCAGGCUGGAAGCCACAUGCUGCUGUUGACAGACGUGUGGGGUGGGAGGGGGUGGGGGGGUCUCUGCUUUUGAGCUAACUGUUAAAAAAGGGAAUCAAAACGUUUAAAUCCACCAGCAAACUUUCUCCCAGUGUUUGUGAUUAUGGGAUGGAAACAAACUAAGCUGUGUGUCUUUAUUUAAAUGACCUGCUGCCUCAGUCGAUCAUAUUUCGACUGAGUGGAACGACUGAAAGCUUAGUCCCAUGGACUAUUACAAGGAAAAUGUGGAUCCAAGAACUGAUGAAUGAUCUCAAUCCUAAAAGUGCCUGAAAGUGUUGGCCUUCCGAAGGGGAGAAGAGCGGGAAUAUUCCAGGAGCAACCAAGGACACUUUGUUUUUGUUUUUUUCUGUGCUUAGCUUUAAGUAUUGCAAAAAAGAUGUCAUCAGAAAUUGAAUGUGUUAAUCAUUUGCACCUUGGAAACAUGUUGAUCAUGUAGCUGAAGAGAAUCCUGAAGUUUUCACCGUGCAGAUGAAGAGGAUUUCCUCUGAGGUUGCUGGAAAUCUGCUCAAACGAGCCAGCGCCACUCAACAGAACAUUUAAAAUGUUUAGUUUUUUGUUUUUUUAUAAGGUUCACAUUUCUCGUGUACAAUUAUGUUUGAUUUCUUUCAUCGUGUAUCGAUUCAAGUCACUGCAACCCCUUCUGCGCUGUUCACUUUAACUUCCUUCUUCGCCAAUAUUGAAGCUAUCAAAGCAGUAUUUAUUAUGACUUUUUCAGAGGUUCAUAACACUAUAAAUCCAAACAAUCCUUUAUUACACCUUACAGUAUUGUGAUGGUUUAGAAAUGGUACUUUGCUUCUUGAAGUAAUGGACACAGGAACCCCUUUCUGCUCACAGAUGGAUGUGCACUGCCAUUGUCAUUAAAUUGGUUACUCCUCCUGUGCCAAAUCUGCUUUUAUCCCAUCUUUAUUCUGGUGUCUUUGCGCUUCUUCAAGUCCUGUUUCUGAUUGUAGGAUCAGAUUGCAGAUUAGUUCAUGAACGUUACCAACAGAUUAGGAAAAUUGCCGCACUUGGCUAAAUUAUAAAUCAAUU